AUGACAUCAGACGCGGCGAACAUUGCUGUCAGAGAGCGGAGACGUCAGUCGGCCCCAGCGGACUUGGAGCGACGCAACAUCAUGAAAGCCCUGACUGCCGCCGAACACUCUCGACGCCAGUUCAUCCUUAACUAUGCAGCAAGUAAAGACACUUCGCUGCUGAUGCCGGGAAAGAAGUCAGAUGUCGUCAAGCUAUCGGAGCAAUGGGUGGUUGGAUGGCUUCACCAGAACAACCUUAACCCCGUCAGCAGUGAAUUCUUCAAGUACACUGUUGACACCCACAUCUGGUCCACCUACGUCGGAAACGCGGUGGAAUUCCCGUUCUCCUUUAUGCUCCCAGUUGACGACUCCACUGCCACCAGCCCCGUCAGUCGGCGGGAAUCCGAUAGCACCCAGGUUCGUCCCCUCAGCGAGGUGUACUCCUUGGACAAGGCCCAGACCAAGGAGAGCACACAGAGCGAAGAACAAACUUCAUCCCAGCGCAAGGCGGACACGCGGCAGCUCCCCGUGCUCUCAGCUCAAACAGCCGCCAAGCAGUGGUCGUCCAUGGGGAAACGGCAGUCGCCAACAGUGAGAGAGGUGCGGGCAGGAGAGAAGGACAAAAAACGGAGCUUUUCGUUGACGAGUAUUGACGACCUCAAAAUGACCAAGGCGAGCCCCACGAAAGUGCCUCUGUUUACGCGGUUGGGACGCUCAUGGUCACGACGGAUGUCUUCUACUUGA